ACGCUGCCUCAGACCACCUGCCUGAACCCAUUACUAUUCCAGGACCAUGAGGGCCCUCCAUGGAGCUGCUGAGCACCUCAUCAGGACGGGGUGGAGGUGCUGGCAGUUGGGGAUCCAAAAGGCAUCUGUCCCACUGCACGCUGCCUGGGAUGCCUUCUCCCAGCCUGUUCCAGCCAGCUAUGGCCAGUUGCUGACCCACCUCCUCCUGUGUGGGUCCGUGGCUGUCACUGCUGCAGGUCUGGUUCAUCACUGGCUGAUAUCUUCACAGCUUUAUCCGCUGCAACUCUCGGCCGUGGUGUCUACGGUCUGUGGCCUCCUGAUCUUCCUGGGCCUGGGCCUGGUGCCCCCUGUCCGCUGCCUGUUUGCACUUAGUGUACCCACCUUGGGCACAAAGCAGGGCCGCCAGCUGCUCCUGUCCUACAGUACUGCCACCCUGGCCAUUGCUGUGGUGCCAAAUGUCUUGGCCAACAUGCGUGCCACCGGACAGGUGCUGAGAUGCGUCACCGAGGGCUCCCUGGAGAGUCUGCUCAACACCACCCACCAUCUGCAUGCUGCAUCCAGGGCGCUGGGCUCCAUAGGCCGAGCAGGCAGCCGGGGCCUGACAUUCGAGGUCCAGGGCAAUGGCUCUGCUUUCCACCUUCAUGUGCUCAAGAUCGCUGAGCAGGUCCUGGAAGAUUUCUCUGGCCUAGAGUCCCUGGCACUGGCAGUGGCACUGGGUAUUCCGCGGGUGGUCACAGGGCUCUUUAUGCUUGGUCUCCUGGUGGAGUCGGCCUGGUACCUCCAUCGCUACUUGACAGACCUGCGCUUUGACAAUGUCUACGUGACACGGAGGCUAGCUGGGGAGCUGGCUCGGGCCCAGGCCACACACUUGCUGGACUCUCCACCGGCCUGGCUGCUCCAGGCGGCCCAGCCAAAGCUGUCACAGGAGGAGCUGCUGAGCUGUCUCCUGAGGCUGGGGCUGCUUGUCCUGCUCCUGGUGGCCACAGCUGUGACCGUGGCCACAGACCACAUAGCCUUCCUGCUGGCACAGGCUGCUGUGCAGUGGGCUCAGAAGCUGCCUGUUGUGCCCAUCACACUCACGGUCAAAUACGAUGCAGCGUACACCGUCCUGGGCUUCAUCCAUUUCCUCUUCAACUACCCACCCCCUGAGAGCUCCUUCCUGUCCGAGCACAGGACCUACUCAUGGGAGCUCCGCCUCACCUCCCGAGACUGCCCACUGUUGCCGGCCCAGGGUCCCCGCACUGCCUCAGCGCUGGCUGCUGGAGCCCUGCAGCUCCUGGCCUGCUCCACUGUUCUCCUGGAAACCUACGCCCGGCGCCUGAGGCAUGCCAUUGCUGCCUCCUUCUUCUCCGCCCAGGAGGCCAGGAGGGUCUGUCAUCUUCAAGCCCGGCUCCAGCGAAGACAUGAUCGGCACCAAGGCCAGCAGCUGGCUGGAGGUCUCCUUCCUGCCCUUGGCACCCAGGUCUGCCUACAGGCACCCAGUCAUGUAGACAGGACACCUGCAUGCCGGACUCCUUGAAGAACAGAGAACCUUUGCAACAGACCUGAGUUGCAAGCAUGGACUCUGAUGCUUCCAAGUAACCUUGGUUGUAUCAUGCCACCUGUUUCUACAUCUGCAUAACGACUGUGGGGUGACCAUCAUCCCAAACACAUUCCAUGCGGGAAUGUCCAAGGAGAUCCUGGGCAUGCAAGGCCUGAGAGAACCAUGAAAAGGCAACAUAAGAAGUGCAGACAGCUCCAAGUUCCUGCAGGCCACCCAGAGAUCUGGGGAGU